AUGAAAAAUCAUUAUAAUACUUUGGGGCUAGAAAGAGAUGCCAAAUAAGAGCAAAUAAAGGAAGCUUACCAUAAAUUGGCAUUAGAAUGCCAUCCAGACAAGAAUAUGAAUAAUAGGACCUAAGCAAUCAUCUAAUUCUAAGAGAUUAGCGAGGCCUAUAACACCUUAUCCAAAUAAGAAUCAAAGAAAAUAUACGAUUAUAGUCUUGAUAGAAAAGAAAUUAUCCGAAAUGUGACUAAAAAAUAAUAAGAAUAAGAAAUGGAGUUGUAUAACUAAUUAUCUAAAGAAUUCAAUUUAACUGGUACAUACUUAACAAAAGAUGAAUAAGACACAAUAAAUAAAUUCAUGAAUAGAAUGGAAAAAUAAAGUAAACGGAUUAGAAAAAGAUAAUGA